AUGUAUAAAAAACUAAAAAAGAUUUCGAAUUUAAUUAUAUCCAUUAUUAUUGAAAUAGAUAUAAUAUAUUGUUAAUAAAUUAAAUUAAAAUAUAAACUGGCUACUCAACCAUUAUUAGAAACAUUACCUAAAGACUAUCAUAAGAUGCCUUCUAAUUAUGAUUUUUCACAUAAAAGUAUUAUAAAUCAAUUGAGUCUUAGGAAUCAAUUGGAAAGAGCAUGAAAAAGAUUUUGUAUUAAGGACUGAUGCAGUUUGGGAAAAAGAUUAAUUAAAAGAUUGGUUUAGAUUGUAUACAAAAGUCAGAAACUAUUAAAAUUUUAGUGUUUUUAUUUUGAUACAACAGCAAAUAAAUAUUCUUUGAUGGAACCUGAUGAAGUUUAUA